UACUAGCAUGUGAGGAUCAGGCAGGCUCCAAGUAGGUUACAGACAUUGUGUGACAGGGAAGGGGGAUGGGGGGGGUAGGAGGUGGGGUGGCUCUCUGUAGUAGAGGGGUAGAUGAAUUUCAGUGGGAGCUUGUUAAAGCAGCUUCUCGAUUCAGAACUUCAUGGCCCCCGAUUCCCCAAGUUGGUCAUCGGAACCCCGCAUAUCUUAGAUCUCUGUAUACUAGGGCCCCUCUUCCUAGCUCUGUCUCCCAGACCCAGUUUCUCCCACGCCGGGCUUCCAGCCCCCUACUCCGGCCCCUAGUUCCCCGAUCUCCCUGGCCCAUCCCAGUACAGUCCCAGCCCAGCCCUGUCCUUGCCCGGCCCUGUCCCGCCGCCGCUGCUGUUUACAAGGACACGCGCUUCCUGGCAGUGACGCCAGCCUCCUCCUCCCCUUCCCCACGCCGAGCCCCGGCAUACUGGGCGGGGAGGGGGAGAGUGGGGUGCGGGAGGAGGCGGGGGCCUGGUUCCCUGCACGACCAAUCAGCAAUCGCUUACGCAGCCACUGCCGUAUAAAGGCUCCGGGGUACGCAGCGAGGCCGGCAAAGAAGCGGGGAGUCCGAAGGCAGUAGGCUCGGAACAGGAGCUUGAGAACGGCAGCCAUAGAACCUUGAUCGUCCGAGCGAGCUAGCGAACUGGGCGCGGCGAAAAGGAAACUGACUGGACCAGGCCAGGACUUGGGUGCCUGCUGUCUGUCAGAUCUGUUUUUCCAACACAAGAACCUUGCCACUAUUUUCUGGCGACUUUGGGAGGUGGGGACGGCCGCUGAAGACAAGAGUCCGGGAAGAGUACAGCACCGCAGAGGAACCCCGGUUUAGCACUGAGGCGCGUUCCGGAAGCCAGAAGCAACUGAUCAGACUUAAGCCUCUCAAGGCGUGCCCCGAGGGCAUCUAGGCAUCCGAUCUCCUGUGCCUCAGUGGUCUGUCUCCUCCUCCCUGCUGAGGGGGGCGCCGGGAGCAGCCGGCGAGGCGCGCGGGCGCCUGAAUGUGCACGAAGAUGGAACAACCUUUCUACCACGAUGACUCGUACCCGGCAGCAGCUUAUGGCCGGGGAGGUCCCGGCGCACUCGGACUCCACGACUACAAGCUGCUGAAACAGAACCUGGCUCUCAAUCUGGCCGCUGCCACUGACCCCUACCGCGGCCUCAAGGCGCCAGGGCACGGUAGGGGACCGGGGCCAGAGGACGCGGGUGGCGCCUACUUUUCGGGACCGCCACCUCCCCCUCAGAACGAGGCCCCUGCGGGCUCGUUGAAGCUUGCGUCUCCAGAGCUGGAGCGCCUCAUAGCGCAGAACAGCAACGGGCUCAUCACCACAACGCCCACGCCGCCGGGCCAGUACUUCUACUCACGCAGUGUGACGGAGGAGCAGGAGGGUUUCGCAGAUGGCUUCGUCAAAGCGCUUGACGACCUGCACAAGAUGAACCACGUGACGCCCCCCAACGUGUCACUGAGCAGCAGCAGUGGCAGCUCCGGGACCGCAGGGCCCCCAGCUCCUCCUAGUAGUGUUUAUGGUCCCUCGGCUCUGGGCCCUGAACCACCUCCUGUCUACACCAACCUCACCAGUUACAGCGCCAGUGGAGGUAGUGGGGGCGCCGGAGCAGGGGCCGCGGGCGGCUACCCUACUGCCACCAUCAGCUACCUCCCACACGGACCGCCCUUCCCCGGGGGCCACCCGGCAGCGGUGGGGCUGAGCGCUCGGGCUGCGGGAGGCGCGGGGCCGCUGGCGGCCUUCAAGGAGGAACCUCAGACGGUACCCGAGGCGCGCAGCAGGGACGGGACACCACCAGUGUCACCCAUCAACAUGGAGGACCAGGAGCGCAUCAAAGUGGAGAGGAAACGACUGCGAAACCGGUUGGCUGCUACCAAGUGCCGCAAACGGAAGCUGGAGCGCAUAGCUCGACUCGAGGACAAGGUGAAGACGCUCAAGUCCGAAAACGCUGGGCUGUCAAACACCGCCAGCCUUCUCCGUGAACAGGUGGCGCAGCUCAAGCAGAAGGUGCUGAGCCACGUCAACAGCGGCUGCCAGCUGCUGCUGGCCGUCAAGAUGCAGAACUUCUGAGCCCACGCGCGGCCCACCCACGGACCCGGCUGCGUGACUGACUCUCCCCCUCACGCCCCCGCCGCGCGUGAUUCUGCCCGGGUAUGGGCGGGUCGCAGACUCUGAGACGCGGGAGGGAGGAGGGCAGGGCCACCUGGAGGGCACUGGACUGGACUGAGGGGCCCCGCCCAGCAAGCCUAUCGGCUCGCUCCCUUCCUUCCUUACUCACCCAUCGGUUCCAAUCUCGAAGUUUACAAGCCCCACCUUGGCCUAGGCCUUCACAUCUUUGGGACGACCCUCUGUACUCCUUGUUUUGUACGGUCUUUGUUGUUGUUGUUUUUUUUUCUGCUGGAAACAGACCCGAUUCAUAUUGAAUAUAAUAUAUUUGUGUAUUUAAGAAAGAAGUUCUAUCCCUGCGGCGGAGCUGGCCCCGCCGCCCGCACAUGGCCCCAGCGGUGGUGGGGAAUGGAGUGGAGGGGACCCCUAGGAAGGGACGAUCCCAGUCUGCCCACCCUGCCUGCCCCGAUGGCUCUAUCCGGUCUCCCCAAGCACUUGGGUUUUAAAGUUUAUUUUGUCAUUUUUGUGCGUGUUUUUGUUGUUUUGACUUUUUAUUGAAUUUAUUUAAGUAAAAAAAGACUGUUUAUUA